AACAUACGGUUAAUUGUAAUCAUUCACUAAUCAGGAGGAAAAAGAGCAAUUAAGAAUUAAUAGAAAUUAUUUAUUUUAUUAUUAUUUUUUUUUUUUAAAAAGGGAGGUCUGCAAGUGCAAGUGAAGGUGGUGGGCGGGUUGAAGAGAAUAUGCGAUGGCUAUGUUCGAGUCAGACAUUCUAAGAUGCCAAGUCGGUUUAAGCAAUCUCUCCAUUAAAUUAGCUUUUACACAUAUCCAAAUUCUUUUCCUAUUUCUCUUUCUCUCCUCGCGCCUCUGCUUUUUAUCUCUAUCUGGAUCCUGGAGCUGGUCUUUGUGUUGGUUUUGGUUAUUGCUAAAUUCUGGUCUUGAUUAGCUAAACUCUGAAUUCAUUGAUUAUCAUUAUUAUAAGAUUCAACUAAUUUUGGUUCAUGGGUUCUGAUAGGCUAUUAGACAAUCUCAGAAUGGAGAGGGUGAGGACUAUUUUGACACAUACUUAUCCUUACCCGCAUGAACAUUCUCGUCAUGCCAUCAUUGCUGUGGUUGUGGGUUGUCUGUUCUUUAUAUCUUCAGAUAAUAUGCAUACUCUAGUAGAAAAGCUCGACAACAAUGUUAAGUGGUGGUCAAUGUAUGCCUGCCUACUUGGUUUCUUUUAUUUCUUUUCUUCACCGUUUCUAGAGAAGACUAUCAAACCCAGCUAUUCAAAUUUCAGCCGGUGGUACAUAGCUUGGAUUUUAAUUGCAGCUCUGUAUCAUCUCCCCAGUUUUCAGUCAAUGGGACUUGAUUUAAGGAUGAAUUUAUCCUUAUUUUUGACUAUAUAUGUCUCUUCCAUUCUGUUUCUUCUUGUCUUCCACAUUAUUUUUGUCGGCCUCUGGUAUGUUGGUCUUGUUUCUCGUGUUGCUGCAAAGAAGCCAGAGAUUUUGACCAUUUUACAAAAUUGUGCAGUUCUUAGCGUAGCUUGCUGUGUAUUUUAUAGUCACUGCGGUAAUCGUGCUAUCUUGAGAGAUAGACCACUUGCAAGGAAGAAUUCUAGUUGGUUUACAUUUUGGAAAAAGGAAGAGAGAAACACAUGGCUCGCAAACCUCAUUCGCAUGAAUGAAUUAAAAGAUCAAUUCUGUUCAUCUUGGUUUGCUCCUGUUGGGUCAGCCAGUGAUUAUCCACUUUUAUCCAAGUGGGUUAUUUAUGGGGAGUUAGGUUGCAACGGCAGUGGAUGUGCAGGUUCAUCUGAUGAGAUCUCUCCUAUAUACUCAUUAUGGGCCACUUUUAUUGGACUCUACAUCGCCAAUUAUGUCGUAGAAAGAUCGACGGGGUGGGCUCUUUCUCACCCAUUGUCGGUGCAGGAGUAUGAGAAGUUGAAGGCCAAGCAGAUGAAGCCUGAUUUUCUGGAUAUGGUUCCUUGGUACUCAGGAACUUCGGCUGAUUUAUUCAAGACAGUCUUUGACCUCUUGGUAUCAGUAACAGUAUUUGUAGGUCGCUUUGACAUGCGAAUGAUGCAGGCAGCAAUGACCAAAGUUGAAGAUGGAGCAGAGCAAAGAGAUCUUUUGUACGAUCAUUUUAGUGAGAAGGAAGAUCUAUGGUUUGACUUCAUGGCUGAUACUGGUGAUGGUGGGAACUCAUCUUAUACGGUAGCACGACUACUUGCUCAACCUUCUAUUCUCACUAGAGGUGAAUCUGUGCGUUCCCUACCACGUGGAAAAUUACUUCUUAUAGGAGGGGAUCUUGCAUAUCCGAAUCCGUCAGCAUUUACAUAUGAGAAGCGCCUCUUUUGCCCUUUUGAGUAUGCUCUUCAGCCUCCACCAUGGUAUAAACAAGAGCAUAUAGCUACAAACAAGCCUGAAUUACCUGUUGGGGUGUCUGAAUUGAAGCAAUAUGAUGGACCUCAGUGCUUUAUCAUUCCUGGAAACCAUGAUUGGUUUGAUGGACUUCAUACUUUCAUGAGGUACAUAUGUCACAAGAGCUGGUUGGGCGGGUGGUUUAUGCCUCAGAAGAAGAGUUAUUUUGCCUUGCAACUACCUAACCGAUGGUGGGUUUUCGGUCUUGAUCUAGCACUCCAUAAUGAUAUUGAUGUGUACCAGUUCAAAUUCUUUUCAGAACUAAUAAAGGAGAAGGUUGGAGAAAAUGACUCAGUGAUCAUCAUGACUCAUGAACCAAAUUGGUUGCUCGAUUGGUACUGGGAUGGUGUUUCAGGAAAGAAUGUCUCACACCUGAUAUGCACUUAUUUAAAAGGAAGGUGUAAACUUCGUAUAGCUGGGGACUUGCAUCAUUAUAUGCGUCAUUCAUAUGUUCCAUCGGAUGGGCCUGUUCAUGUGCAACAUUUACUUGUAAAUGGCUGCGGCGGUGCAUUUUUACAUCCUACUCAUGUCUUUAGUAAUUUCAAAGAACUAUAUGGAACUAAGUAUGAGACCAAGGCUGCGUAUCCUUCUUUAGAAGAUUCAAGCAGGAUAGCAUUGGGAAAUAUUUUGAAGUUUAGAAAGAAGAACUGGCAAUUUGACUUCAUUGGGGGCAUUAUAUACUUUAUAUUGAGCUUUUCUAUGUUUCCACAGUGUAAGCUCAACCACAUCUUGCAAGCUGAUACAUUUUCUGGCCAGUUGAGGAGUUUCUUUGGCACAGCGUGGAAUUCGUUUAUGUAUGUGCUGGAACACUCUUAUGUAUCCUUGGCAGGUGUUGUGGUAUUGCUCAUUGUGGCAAUUGCAUUUGUCCCACCUAAAGUAUCUCGGAAGAAACAGGCUAUUAUUGGGAUUCUUCAUGUUUCUGCACACCUGGCAUCAGCUUUAAUUCUUAUGUUGCUCUUAGAACUGGGUGUUGAGAUGUGUAUUAGGCAUAAUCUACUAGCAACUUCAGGAUAUCACACUUUAUAUCAGUGGUACCGAUCAGUGGAAAGUGAGCACUUUCCAGAUCCUACUGGCCUUCGAUCUCGCAUAGAACAGUGGACGUUUGGCCUUUAUCCAGCAUGCAUAAAAUAUCUCAUGUCUGCAUUUGAUGUCCCUGAGGUCAUGGCUGUCACACGGAGUAAUAUUUGCAAGAAAGGGAUUGAGUCGCUUUCUAGAGGGGGUGCUGUCAUCUAUUAUGCUUCUGUCUUCCUCUACUUCUGGGUCUUUUCAACGCCUGUUGUUUCUUUGGUUUUUGGAAGUUACUUGUACAUCUGCAUUAACUGGUUUCACUUACACUUUGAUGAAGCCUUUUCUUCACUCCGAAUUGCUAAUUACAAAUCUUUCACACGGUUCCACAUUAAUAAGGAUGGUGAUCUUGAAGUUUUCACCCUUGCAGUUGAUAAGAUACCGAAGGACUGGAAAUUGGAUUCAAAAUGGGAUGGGGAAGAGAAGCAGCCGCAGCAGUUGAGCCACCAGCGACGUUAUCCUAGUAAAUGGCGGGCAGCUACUUCUCAGCAGGACCCACUAAAUACUGUUAAAAUAGUUGAUAGCUUUGUUAUUAGACGGACAGAGAAUCCGAACACUGGAGCAAGUAAUGGUUCAGUCAUUCACUGAUCCGGUCGCACAUUUUUGUAACAUAGUUAUAGUUUGUUAAUUUAGGAAGCAAUAAUGGGAGAAAAAGAUGAAAAAAGAGAAGGAAAGAAAGAAAAGAAAAUUAGUGCUGAAAAUGAUACUUGUUUUCAAUUUCAUUUCCUCAUAAAAUAGUGGGCUCUAAUAACAAGUAGUCUAGUCUCAAAGAUUUGGCUCUUUGAUUGGGGAGUCCGAUGAACCUGUGUCUACCGUGGGAGGAGCUCAAUAUCCCUUUAGAUUGUCUGCAUAACAAAAUGGGGUCUGGUUUGUGAUUUUAGAAAAGUGGCCAUAUUGGCCUUCUAUAAAGUGCAAUUAUGCCUUGGGAAUGGCUGAAGAAAGCACUGUACUCUACUGAUGUAUCUUUGUUUUCAUAUUAGCCUACUACUCCUUCACGUGUCACCUUGGCAUUAUAUUCUUGGGGACAGAUUGAGUGAAGAAUCAUAUUUAAACAAAAGUGACGAACAUGGGAUGGAUGGUGUAUGACUUGCCGUCUAACAUAUUCUGUUAAACAAAUAAAUUUGCUAUUUUAUCA